CUAUACUAAACGAGAAACAAAUGUUCUCAUUCGGGUCCGUACUUCAUAUUCCUAUUUUAUCUAUACUCUAAGUCUCUAAUUUUAUCUACGUCAAAUGUUCGCUCACGCGAUAUCGCGUGCUCGAUUUUUACUAUUUAUUUACAUGUGAUAGAUAGAUAGUAAACAAAUGUAAUAAUGCGUUAAUCGACAAUAGUACAAGUGGCUUCGGUGAAAAAUUAAAUAUUUAUUAAAAGAAGUACACAAUUAAACAGCAGUCAAUUAACUCUAUCAUCAUUCAAGGAAAAAUGACGUUGACGUGUAACAAAAUGAAAUGCAACACAAUAGUACAUACACCGGUUGUUUCCAGUGAAACCACGAGCCGGAUAAAAAACUGAAAUAACUUAAUUGAAGUCAAGACUACACACAAAAGGAACGUUACACGCGCGAUAAGACAAAAGUCUGACACGUCUGUCGGUGCAUCGUGUUGGUGUUUGACUUUGUUGCUUUUGUUCGAGAAACGGUCCGGUCGGGGAACAAGGUCACGCAGGUAAAAUGGCAGUCGCCACUCGAACUACGACCGCGUCUCGAUCAUGAGUCCGUGGCAUCAGAAAUUACAGGAACGCUCGACCGACGGAGAGGAAUGAACGAGUUCCCCGCGUUUCGAAACCGUCCUCCAGUUCUCGCGGUCGUGUCUCGCAAUAACGUGCCGGCUUCUUCUUGUCGUGGUUUCUCGAGCCUCGACCAAUCUGGUUAGGUGUAUUCCGGACGAGUCGUCGCGAGCACAAUUCCGGUUCUCCCGUGUUCGCGUAAAUCUCACCGGUACUGGAUCAGAAUCGAUCAACGCACAAUUCGUGGUGAGCUUUCGAGUCGCGUGCAGAGAAGUGAGAAGUUCGUGUUUAUGGUACAAACUUGUGGCAUCGAUUGUGAUCUCAGAAACUGGAUUUUCGGGAUUCAAAUUCGGCAAAGUUUUUAUCAACGGGUAAGAAAGAAAAGAGGCCCGACCUGUGACGUAACUACGCGGAAUGAUAAUAGAUACAGAGGUUAACUGCCUGCGUUCACGAUCAGAUAAACGGAUCGAAAUCGUGCCUCGUGUUCGGCAACUCGUAUCAAAAGGUGCGCCCAAUAAAAAGUUUAGUUGGUGUUCGGUACUCAGUGCGAGAUCUUCUCGGUGGCAACAAUGAAAAUGGAGGCAGAGCAUAGGUUGGAGCAGCUGAAGAAGGCCACGGACAGAAUACAGAAAGAGAUCGAAGAGGUCACGGAGAGGGAGCACGAGCUGAGGAACGUGGGCAGCAUUAAAACCACGUCUCACGAGACGGUCGAUUCGAAGGUACGACGAAUGCCGCAAGCUCUAACGUCAGGCAAAUUGAAAAGAACAACAUCCACGCCGCAAAUCCUGGAAGCAGUUAGUCUAACAUCAACAACACCACCUUUAACGCCAAAGAUGACGAAUGGAGUGAUAUCCAGUCGCACAACGCCGACACCUUUACGUUUCGCGACAGCGCCCAGUCAAAAGGGGUUGAUGCACAGGUUUCUGGCCACACGAGGGAAAAUUUACAAACCAAAAUUACCUGUUAACGAUACGCUAACACCACCUACGACACCCACCAUCACAUUGAAUCCUUUGAGCAUCAAGGCUUUCAACAAGAGCCUAGAAAUUCAACUUGAACCUGAUGAUGAACCUAAGAAACCUCCAGUCAGAAAGGGAUACGUUCCGGUGGAAGAAAAAAUACAAAAAGAACUGCAUGAAAUGAAAGAGCGAGAAAAUGAGCUCAGAUUAAUGCGGUCGCAAAUGUUGGCGAAAUCACAACCGAAUCUGCUAGAUAUUGGAAAUGAUAAUGAUUCGGAUAUUUAUGAUGGUUCGAGCUCCCUAAGAAGUGGCACCUCAUCUAACACUUUAAACGAGGACGAAGUAGAAAGGGAAUCUAAAGCAAAACACAAGCCUAAUCCACGACGUCGAAGCACUCUUAUCGCGCAGUGGGAAAAUCUGAUAGCCGCAAAAAAGGAGUCUAAUGAUAAUAAUAAUGAAAACGAUUUAAAUUUUUAAAGCGAUUAUAUUUUGUGAAAACUAUACAAAUUAAUGUCAUAGGUUUUUAUAUUUUAUAUUUUCCUGAAGUUGUUUCAUAUGAAUGAAUGGCAUAAUAUCCUUAAUUCUUAAACACCAUUAUUGAAGAAAAUGACAUUAAUAUCAUUGGUGAAAUUUUACUUCGGUUAUUUCAGUUUUUUAUUUUAAAAGUCAAAAAGAUAAUAAAAAAAAAAAAA